AUGACUUGCUCUCCCUCCACCUACUCAGGCCUCGGCAUCGCCACUGCUGCCGUGCCAUCGCGGGACACGGGCGCCGAGGGAUUCGUCUCGUCCCUGCGCAACCAGGACGAGGUCGACGCGGUGUGCGAGAAGUACGACGUACCCAAAGAGUUCACCGCGCGCCCCGCCGGCGACCGGCGCGCGAACUCCACGACGACGCCGAGGACCAUCUGCGCGUACGCGAGCGCGCUCAAGGCCGGGAUGCGCGUCCCGCUGCACCGCUUCUUCCGCGAGGUGCUCGCCCACUUCGGCAUCGCGCCAGCGCAGCUCACGCCCAACGGGUGGCGCACCAUGGCGGGCUUCCUGGUGCUCUGCCGCUCCGCCGGCGUGCCGCCUUUGCUCGCGGUGUUCCGGCGUUUCUUUGUGAUGUCCAGCCUCUGCGAGGAGCACGAGAAAGGCUGGUACGUUUUCCGGCCCAGGCGGGACAGCUCCGGCUUGCGCUUGAGGGGUUUGCCGAAGCCGGAUGCCAACUCCAUCACGUGGAAACACGAGUUCUUCUUCCUCUCGUCGCCGGAGUCGUGGCCUUGCGCCGUGGAGUGGAGCGAGCGGUCCAACCGCUCCUCCAGCAACCCGGUACCGGUGCUCACCGUUGAGGAAAGCCAGUCGAUGCUGAAGCUGCUAAGUGCUCACGGUGGCGCCGCUGUUGAUCUCAGGAAACUGCUCCCUGCUACGUGCCCACGGCGGCGGCGGAGUCUCCGCAACACCAACCUUGCUGCCGCCAUGAUAACCACAGCAUCCUCCCCGCCGCCGCCGCCGCCGCCGCCUUCCUCAACUCGUACGGAUCCCUCCGUCCAUGACACAAGCGGGGAGGAGGCGGAGAAGGCCGCCGCGCAAGCGUCGGCGUCGGCGAAGAAGAGGACUUGGGAGGAAGCCAACGGCGGGGAGGAGGUUUCGCCUCUUUCAGUGCUGUCCAACGUGCGCUCGCCACCUCCACAGCAUUUCCCCAGCAGGCACGACAGAGAUACCACCAAGGCUGCACGGGAGCUGCUGCACCUGCAUGGCGCCGACGCGCAGCCGCUGGAGCGCGCGUUUGCGGCGAACGAGCCUUCCGACGACGCAGCAAUUUGGCAGGCUGCGAACUACACGCUCGAGCUGGAGCAGAAACUGGUGGCCAGCGAGCGCGAGGCUGCGGCGCUGCGGGAGCAGUUGGAGAAGGCCAAAGCCGAGCUCGCCGCGGCCAAGCGAACGGCGGAAGCGGAGGUGGUGAAGACGAAGGCCGAGCUCGUCGCGGCAAAGCAAGCGGCAGAGGCCGAGCUCGCGGCAAAGCAAGCGGCAGAGGCCGAGGCGGUGAAGAUGAAGGCCGAACUCGCCGCGGCCGUGGCGGAGGCGGUGAAGACGAAGGUCGAGCUGGCCGCCGCGAAGCGUGCCACGGAGACAGAGACGGCUAAGGCGAACGCCGAACUCGCCGCGGCGAACCGGGCCGUGGAGGCGGAGCUGGUGAAGGCGAAGGCCAAGCUCGCCGCGGCGGAGGCGGAGCUGGAGAGCGCCAAGGCAGCGACGGCGGUGCAGGAGCUUCUGGCCUCGGAGGAGAAGGUGCGGCGGGGCGCGGAGCUCGCGCUGGAGGGGUACGAGCGCUGGCGAGGCCGUCACGCUCCGGCUGGCCGUGCGGUUUGA